AAAUUAUGACAAAAAGAAGCGUCUCAUUUGGUUGAGAAAAAGUCAACCAUGGUCAAAGUAAACCGUGGUAUGAUUUUCUUCGUUUAAUAAGUGAAAUUACACCGCAUCUUCGUUGAUCUAUAAAAUGUUGAAUCUUCUUAAGGUUUCUGCUAUGAUCAAUCCUUUACGUAACAAAAAUAUGAAGCAAUUUCAAGUUUUUUAUAUACUUAUUUUGAUUUUAAUAGCAAAAUCAUCAGCAGAAUAUUAUCCUGAUGAUUACGCCAAGAAAGGAUGCAACGUUACAUGUGGGAACGUGUCGAUUCCAUACCCUUUUGGGAUCGGAGCAACUUGUUCUGUCAACAAAUGGUACGUUAUUGAUUGCAACUCCUCCAUACCUUAUCUCUCUGCAUUCAACAACAUGGAGGUGUUGGGUGUAAGCUUGGAAGAACAAACCGUCACUGUUGACGUCCCAGUAAUCUCUCGUUGCCGGAGUUCAGCCCCAAAUAGCAAUCACAUCCCAAGCGUCGACCUUGGUGACAGUCCCUUUCUUUUUUCUGCAUCAUAUAACACACUCAUUGUUGAGGGGUGUGGUUAUGCUGCUAUCUUGGGUUAUAAGGGACAACUGAUCACUGGAUGUUCAACUAUUUGCGCUAAUAACACUACCAAUGAAAGUGGUUUUUGUUUUGGGCUUGGUUGUUGCCAAAAUACGAUUCCCUACAAUUUAAAAUCGUACAGUGUGGAUCUUACUGGCUUGAAAAUGCUGGGUGAAGAUGGAACUUGUGGGUCUGCCUUCUUGGGUGACGAACGAUGGUUCCCUUCACAGUCUAGCCCGUACGACCAUCCCAAGACGAUGAAUACCUCUUCUUUUCCAAUAGCGCUUAAAUGGUUCCUAACAGAAAACGAUUUCAAUGAAACUUUAAAUUGUUGGGAACGACAGAGUAAAGAGUAUGGACUGUGGUUGGAUGAUGGUUACAUUCCUAUAAGAAAGUGCUACUGUGGUAUCGGGCGAGAAGGAAACCCCUAUUUGCACUAUCAGUGCGAAGAAUCUCGAGAUUGUAGAAAAUGCCGGAAAUCUGAAGGGAUCUGUCACUAUGAACAACCAUAUAUUGAUGAAUUUGAGAAUUGGUUGUUUAGUUGUGAGCCUAAAGUAUAUUACACUCAAAUUUUCAGAAGAAGCAGCAAAUCACCACUAGGUGUUAUUCUUGGUGUUAGUAUUUGCAUGGGAUUGCUUUUCCUUGCAAAAUUCAUCUAUGAAAUGCACAAACUAAUCAAGAGAACCAUAGCCAAGAGAAAGAAAGAAAAGUUUUUUAAACGCAAUGGUGGCUUACUUCUUAAACAACAAGAAGCAAAUAAAGAGGGUUUAGUUGAUAAAACCAUACUUUUCACCUCCGAGGAGUUGGAAAAAGCCACCGACCAUUUUAACGAGAAUAGAAUUCUUGGACGAGGAGGUCAAGGUACGGUGUAUAAAGGCAUGCUAGCGGAUGGAAGGAUUGUAGCAGUUAAGAAAGCAAAGAUUGUUGACGAAAGCCAGUUAGAGGUAUUCAUCAAUGAGGUUGUGAUUCUGGCACAAGUCAAUCAUAGGAAUGUGGUCCAGCUAUUGGGAUGUUGCCUAGAGACUGAGGUUCCUCUACUUGUCUCUGAGUUCAUCCCAAAAGGCACCUUGUAUGAUUAUAUUCAAGAUGAUACCGAUGAGUUACCAUUCUCGUUGAACAUGAGAUUGCAAAUUGCAGCUGAGGUUGCAGGAGCAGUUUCUUAUUUACAUUCAGAGGCUCCCAUUCCAAUAUACCACAGGGACAUAAAGACCACAAAUGUACUUCUGGAUGAAAAGUAUAGAGUCAAAGUUUCAGAUUUUGGAACUUCUAGGUUGGUAUCAGUAGAUCAAACUCACCUAACUACCUUAGUCAAAGGGACGUUUGGUUACUUUGAUCCAGAGUACUUCCAGUCGAGUCAGUUCACCGAGAAAAGUGACGUGUAUAGUUUUGGAGUUGUUUUGCUCGAACUUUUUACAAGUGAGAAGCCUAUUUCCUUAACUAGAUUUGGUGAACAUAGAAAUUUAGCUACACACUUUAUGUUUGCUAUGGAAGAAGGUCGUGUGAUGUCUAUAUUUGACCCAGUGCUUGUACACGAGGAUUCAAAGGGUGUGGUUUUGGAAAUUGCCAACUUGGCAAUGCGAUGUUUGAAUUCCAACGGGAAACAUAGGCCAACAAUGAAAGAAGUAGCCAUGGAGUUAGAAGGCAUGAGAAUGUCACAAGUGCCUGCUACAAUUCAAACUAGUUACGGACACACUAAUCAUAAUGAAGAUUUACCCAUGUUUACGGAUGACGAGUCAACACCAACAACAGUGAGUUUCAAAGACAACAUUAAUGAGUAAUUGGGCGCGUUAUUAUUUUAAGUUUGUGUUUAAUGAAAUCUUGAUUUUUCCUGGUGUGAUUCCUCGUUAGCCUUCUGUGUUUGGCAUUUCAGUUCUGUUUUGAGCAGUAUAAUUCAAGUAUAUUAAUAAUGUUUAAUUGGUCUUUUGUGGGUAACAUUUUGGUUUUGAUAUCUAGGCGUAAUGUUCUCUGUUAACCCAGUGCCGAUCACCUUCACGACCAGAAUAUUAAGCUGCUGUAUGUGAGCUAGGGCCGAAAUUAUUAUAACCCAAAUAUCAUUGGCAUCUGUAGAAACAGAUGGUAUCGAACAAUACACAAGACCGAACACACAGAAAUAGCGAUAAAACGGUGACAGAAAUUUUAUUAUUAACCCAAACCAAAAAACUCCCAACCAAACCCUUGAUCUUACACUUAGUAAGAUCUUGUUAACAACAAGGUUCAGAUCGACUGAUAUAUGCAAUAAGCCGAUCACAAUACAAGCAACAAAAAAAAACUAAAGUGUACAGGGAAAGAAUACAACCAGAUCUAAGACUAUCUCACAGGCGAGAUGAUGAACACAAUCAGUUCCGAUACUAUCUCACAGGCGAGAUGAUGAACAGCGCACAA